AUGGAUAUUGAGUUUUUUCCUUCUGUUUCAGGGUUUGAACCCUUUGGAGAACAUGCUGUCAAUGCCAGUUGGAUUGCAGUUCAGGAACUGGAGAAGCUGGGACUGCGAGAUGAUGUGGAUCUGCACGUGUAUGAAAUCCCGGUUGAAUAUCAGGCCGUGCAAAGGCUAAUUCCUGCCUUAUGGAAAAAACACAGUCCCCAACUGGUGGUCCACGUGGGUGUUUCGGGCAUGGCUACGACYGUGACCUUGGAGAAAUGUGGCCAUAAUGUGGGUUAUAAAGGCUUGGACAACUGCCGCUUCUGCCCCGGCUCCCAGUGCUGCGUCGAAGGUGGCCCCGAGUGCAUCGAUUCCAUUAUUGACAUGGACACGGUUUGCAAGAGAGUCUCAGCACUGGAGCUGGAUGUCACUGUCACUAUAUCUAAGGAUGCGGGCAGAUACCUGUGUGACUUCACUUACUAUACUUCCUUGUACCAGAGCCGUGGGAGGUCUGCUUUUGUUCACGUACCUCCACUGGGAAAACCGUAUACUGCCGAACAGCUGGGUCGGGCACUGCAGGCUAUAAUAGAAGAAAUGCUGGAUGUUUUGGAGCAUUCUGGUGAAAAAAUCAAUUGUCAGCACGAACACUGAAACUGGGCAGAAGUUAUCUUAGUAUUGCACUUCCAAAAUUUUCCCUGCUACAGAGGUACUGGGGAAGACGGUCUGUCUGAAACGUACAGAACAAGAAUUGGAAACUUCAAAAACGAAAAUUCCACUUCUAAAAAUUGACAUUUUUUUGUCAAAUAUGUGCAUUUCAGCCUAGGCAACAAAGGAUUCAAAAUCUCGCAUUUUUAARCACCCGCAACUACUCAUUUCUGAAAUGACUGAACUGUGUUUGCUUUGCUUGAUCCAGAGCAUAUCUGUCAUUCAAGUGACAGCUACUGACCAGUCAAAUGCAGCACAGAUGGAAACUUUCUCAUGAGGAUUUGGCAUUCAGGUGUGGGGAAUUGAUAAAACCAGCUAUUAAUGACUAGUUUUUGAAAGGUUUGCUUUCGUUCUGUUUUCAUUUUCCUCUUGGGUCCAAAUUAUAGUUGUAAAGAWAUAACCGAAAAUAAUUCAACCCAUGUGGGUUUAAUCCACUGCAGAACGGUACUUGGAGACAAGGAGUCUUCGAAAUUGCUUUGCUAAAUUCAAAAAAUAUUUUAGGCACCGAUUUCUCAAACACCCCCCAACGCCCAAAUAUUGGUAGGGCUCUCUGUAAUGUACUGGCUAACUAGUAGCUGCAAAUAGGAGGGAUGUUUUGGGUUAUUUUGUACUCAAUACGAACGUAACUUGCACCAAAUACUCUCAAAUGUCUUUUUUUAUUAUGCUCUUGAUGCCACCUUCCUCGCUCAAAUCAACCAUAUACCUCCUGUACAAAACACGUUGUUUCGUAUAUGUAUAAAGCGAAUCAUUAGCGGUUAAAUAGCUUUGCUAAAGGCCACUUUCUCUGCAGGAGAUCUUUAUCCUA